CACUCGCAACAUCUCCAGGCCAAGACCGCCUUCAUUUAGACCUUGACCCUAUAACAUCACCAUCAAGUCGCCUUGACGCACACACGCAGAGUGAAUGCCACUGACGCGCUCCAGCUGCUUCUAUGUGAGCUCGCUAUUCUUCCUGGUUGCAGUCACAGGAAUAUGCAUCUUCGCGUCAGCAUAUGAUGUGAUCUUUCAGAUCUUUCACCCAGCCAACCUGGGCGAUCCUCCCAAUUACAAAAAUCUUGCCGUAUUUGGCGGCAGCUACGUUCUUCUAGGUCUGUUGGCCACCAUCUUUGGAUUCUCUCGAUAUGUGACAGUAAAACUGGCACGACAGGCGAUCCCAAAGGCGUAUAUGCCUAUCACACGCGAAGAUUUGCCAAAGACAGUGUACGAAUUUGUACAAUCGGAGCUGGAUCGCGUUGCAAGACUGGUCAAGAAAGCUCAGCCAUUGCUGGAGGAAAGCGGACAGCCAGGGUGGGGCAAACCUGAGUCGUCACUGCAGGAUACUCAUUUUAAAACCUUUAUGGCUAGCACACCUCACUUUAUUGAACGAGCCGCCGUCGCGAACUCACCGGAUUUGGCCCGGCCACCCAACAUGUCCAUCUCGGCGUAUAUCCACAUGCUCAUGGACCAAAAGCUGAUAACGAGAGAUAUUGGACUGGAAUAUAUAGCAGGAUACGAGCAAGCACGAUUCGGUAGCUCCAGGAACGAUCCUCUACCGGUGGCCAUAUCUCCACUCCGCCCUCACCAACACCACCAACGUCAUCAGCAACCUGACUCAGGGCGUCACCCUCGCCAGCCCUCCGGGGCAAGCUCCCGGCAUCCAAACCAGGACCCUUCAACCGUGUCAACGGCCAUGGACGAUGGAAAUGCUUCACAUCUCGCGCGAGGCACAGGAAAAAAUGCGGAAGAGGAGGAUUACAUCCGAUUCAUGAAGGUUUUGAGCUGGAUUCUUCAGGAAUUAGGGUGGGAUGAAGAAACAGAGGACUUGUACGAGCAGGAAUGCCGCGAGCAGGAGCGGCUGCAGCAACAAAGGGACUUCGGAACCGAGUCAUUGGGCCGAGUGCGGAGUCGACAGGAAUUUGGACAGGAAAAUGAAAAUCGCUAUGGCUGCAGCAGUGGAAUUGAACACACACGGUCCCCCAUGUCGGCUCGGACCAGAAAUAGUCGCCUUAGUGGGGAGAGCUAUUAUCUGGUGGACGAGUCAGAGGUGCAGGCGUACAGUCAAGCGCAAAAGGGCACGGGAAGCAGUGGUGGUGGCAGGUUAGGUGGUGUAGAAGUGUCGGAGGCAUUAUCAAGGAGCCAAAGGAAGCUGUCGAGGAGCGGCAAUCUGAGCACGCGAAGUUUGCUGACGAUGCGCACCAUGCGAACAGGAAGUACGACGAGGUCCUGAGGCGAUGUUAUCCGACUUUUUCGCCUAAUGAGCACAAGUAAAGACACCAAACAUUCAUGACCAACAAUCUCAUCUUUGUGCAGUAUUUUCAUGCGCUGAUUGAUAUGGGAGGAAUAGCGGACACGCUACCAAUGGCAUGGUACAGAAUAAAAGCAUCUGUUACAGACUAUUCGUAAAGUGAGCCGGGUAUUUUGGACAAGAAAUGAUUAGGCCCAGACCUAAUGCAAGAAAAAGUACAGGAAAAACAAUGUUGCAGAUAUGGGCCAGAACAAGGGUGGUACCACUGCUCUGUGCGUCUCUUUUUCACACGAUGUCACUGCGACAGGACCAGCUGGAUAAAAUGCGCCCUAUUUGGGCUGCAAAGAGAGCGGAGUAAACUGAUGAGUAAUAAAAAUGGCAGCCCGGG